AUGUCGAGCUUUCCCCGGUUUUCGAAAGCUCCCCUCGGUCUCCCAGAGCAGUCGUGUGGCGACUCCAGCCAGUCGUGGUUCGCCAUGGACUUUGUCACACGUGUCGUGCGUGCUCUGCUCCUGCUGGCCCUGCUGCUGGCAGUGACUCCCUGCCCAGGAGAGUCCAAGGAGCUCUGCCCGCACCCCUGCCGCUGCCAGAGGCGUGGGCUGCUGGACUGCCGCCACGCCGGCCUGGCCACCGUGCCCCCGGCCACCCGCCGACGGGCCCUCACCGUCCUAGAUUUCACUGGCAACUCGAUUGCUACUUUGAGUAAACAAGCAUGGAAGGAAUACCCCUGGACUGAGACUCUAGUCCUCAGGGACAAUGAGCUGCAGGCACUGAAGAGCCAUUCCCUGGAGGGGCUGUUCCUGCUGAAGCACCUGGACUUGUCUGGCAAUAGGAUCCGGUUGAUUGAGGAAGGUGCUUUUGAGCCACUGCCUUUCUUGAGGCUUCUAAACCUCAGUGGGAAUGGCCUCACACAGAUCCACAGCAGCACUUUCCAGGCAUGGCACGGGAUGCAGUUUCUAGAGGAGCUGAUCCUAAGCCACAACCCCCUGACCGUGAUUGCUGACACAGCAUUCUUCAAGCUGCCUUCAGUCAACUAUCUGGACCUGAGUGCAACUCAAGUGACUCCGCAGACGUUGCUGCUGCUCCUGCAGACAACAGUGCACUUGGAAACCCUCAAACUGCCCAAUGAUGUGGCCUGCUGCCUCUGCCAGGAGCAUGCCAGCACUGAGACCCCGUGCAGGACCAUCCAGUUCCUCUGCGAGAACCUGUGCAGCAGCAGCAGUGCCCAGUGUGCUGCUCACACAGGUCCUGUGGCACAGACACAGGGAGAAGUAAUGGAAGUGGAGCCCUCUGGAAAAGCAAAGAGCAGCCCAGUGUUGAACCUCAGGGCCAAGGAGCCUUCGCUGGGAGACCAUGGAACUGUAACUCUUGUGGUUGCCCUGACCCUGAGCAGCAGUGAGGGGGAUGUCAGCAGCCUCAAGGAUUCCAGAUCAGAUUCAUAUCCCCCUGAGCACCUGUCCAGGCAGGAAGGCAAAACAGCUGAUGAUGAUGUCAAGAAUAAUCUGCACAAGGCUAAAAGCAUCAUGACUGUGAAAAGCAUCGUCUCACGCCAGCCCCAGCCU